AUGGAGAUGGAUGACUUUUUUCAUGUUGGUGAUAAGCGGGAAGAAAGUACAUAUCGGCAGAAAGGAGAGGCCAACGGUUUUCACUCAAGCAAAUCUUCAGAGAAGAUUGGACUUCUGAGAAAAGAUGGCUCGAAUAAAAAAACAUUUAAAACAUUUUUCAAGCUUUCAAGAAACAAAGAGGAGACUGUUAGUUUUUUUGAACUGUUUCGCUUUGCUGACACACGUGACAAGGUCAUUAUAGUAGCAGGCUUUAUACUGGCAGCAAUCAACGGCGCAAUGCACACGCUUAACAUGGUCCUGUAUGGUCAGUUUGUCGGUUCAUUGGUUAAACAGGGAUACUCGGGCAGCGUCGCUAAGGCUAGCGCUGUAAACCGGACCUUUUCCCCUUUCAACUUUCAAUCGUAUGAUAACCAAAGCUUCAUCGCCCUAAACGGUAGCAACAUACUAACUGAUGAUGGUACCUCUGCUGAAGUUUUCCAAUCUGACAAUUUCGGAAACUCCCAAAUAUUUUUCUAUAUGAGCCUCGGUCUGUCUGUGUGUGCGUGGGUGUGUGGAGCGACCAAGAAAAUUUUGUUCACGGUCUCAGCCCAGCGCCAAGUGAUCCGACUGAGGAAAUCUUUUUUCUCCAACAUCCUUGUCCAGGAGAUUGCCUGGUUUGAUGACCACAAGACGGGAGACUUGUCUGUUAGGAUGACAGAGGACGUAAAUCUGAUCUACAGAGCUAUUGAAACAAACCUUCCCAUGGCCUCACAAUGGUUUGCCUCCAGUAUUGUUGGUUUCAUCAUCACUUUUACCUUCGGUUGGAAGCUGGCUUUGGUGAUGUUGUGUGCCUUCCCCGUUCUCAUUGGUGGAGCAGCUGUAGCCAACAGGAGUAUCGGUAAAACCAGCAUCAAGGAGAGAGAGGCUUACGCCAGGGCUGGGGUUGUGGCUGAACAAGCCUUCUCCAACAUAAGGACAGUCGUUGCUUUUGGUGGAGAGGAAAUAGAGGCAAAGAGAUAUCAUGAAAACCUGAAACACGCCCAGAAAUUCGGAGUAGAGAAGGGGAUUGUCAAUGGUCUAGGACAAGGAAUACUUUGGUGUAGUGUUUUCUUGAGCUUUGCGCUGGGCUUCUACUACGGCAGUCAGCUGAUCAGAAGUGGCGAGUACACAGUGAGCUCUACAGUUGUGGUGUUCUUCUCCACCUUCAUAAGUGCUGUGUAUUUGGGCUAUGCUAUACCUGCAACAAACGGUAUCUACGUUGCAAUGGCUGCGGCAGUCAAGAUUUAUAGAGUUAUUGAUAAGAAAUCGUUGUGUGACAGCAGCUCAGCAGAAGGUGAAAUGCCGACACAAGUAAAUGGAGAAAUUCUUUUCCAAAAUAUUUUUUUCUCAUACCCAUCAAGACCCGCGGCACAGAUUUUGUGUGGCAUUGACCUCCACGCACUCAAAGGUCAAACUGUUGCUUUGGUUGGUGCUAGCGGAUCAGGGAAGUCUACUAUUAUACAACUCUUGUUGCGGUUUUACAAACCGAAUGUUGGUCAGAUAUUAAUAGACGGCCAUGACAUUGAGAGCUUAAACCUCCGAUGGUUACGUCAGCACAUUGGUCUAGUCAGCCAAGAACCGGUACUCUUUGCUACGACAAUCGCCGAAAAUAUCCGGUACGGUCGUAAGGAUGCUAGCAUGGAAGACAUCGUUCAAGCAAGCAAAAUGGCAAACGCUUACGACUUUAUUAUGGCACUUCCACAACAAUACGAGACGUAUGUAGGCGAACAUGGCGCCCAACUAAGUGGAGGACAGAAACAGAGAAUCGCCAUCGCCCGAGCUCUGGUCAAGGACCCAAAAAUUCUUUUGCUGGACGAGGCGACCUCAGCACUGGACACUGAGAGUGAGGCCAUCGUACAAGAUGCUCUAGAUAAGGUUAGCAAAGGCCGAACAACGAUUAUCGUCGCUCAUCGACUUUCGACCAUUCGUUACGCUGACAAGAUAGUGACGCUGUCCAAAGGUCGAGUGGUGGAGGUGGGCACCCACACGGAGCUGAUGGACAAACGGGGAGUUUAUUACAACCUCGUUUCUUCACAGGUCAGAUCUUUGUUUAACACAUUGUUUUAUAUUAUGAAACAGUCUAAUGAAGCAACGGAGUGUGACCACCUAGAUAAUCAACCAGCACAACUUAUCUCUAAACAGCUGUCCGUUGAACUCACUCACAUUUCACCUGAUGAAAAAGGGAAAGAAAACAUUCAAGAAAUUAAACCCAUGUCAACUAGACACAUGUUCUUACGUUUGAUCAAACUUAACUCACCUGAAUGGAUUUUCAUCUUCUUCGGAACACUGGCCAGUAUCAUCAGUGGGGCGGUGAUGCCGCUUUGGUCAAACCUGUUCGCCCUCUUCACUAAGAAAAUGUGCUGGUUCGACGACCCGAGGAACGCAGUUGGAGUGCUAACAACAAGACUGGCAACAGAAGCUUCCAGAGUUCAAGAGACCUUCACCUCAGCAAUGGGGCUGACCAUCAACUCAGUCUCUGUGAUUGCCAUUGCCCUGGGGUUUGCCUUCUACUAUUCCUGGAAGUUAGCGUUCGUCAUCGUGGCUCUCGCACCUAUCGUUAUCUUAAGUGGGUGGGGACAAAUGGUUUUAAUCAGUCGCAUCACAGACAAGUCUAACAAGGCUUUGGAAGAGGCGGUGGCGCACGCCAUCCAAACCAUCUCGAACAUUCGGACUAUGGCCGCCCUCACACUGGAGCAGGAGUUCUACCAGAUGUUCGUUAGCAGACUGGAGAAGGCGCCACACAAGUUCAGUAGUGACGUCAUCGGUAGUGGGGUUGUGUACGGUUUUUUUCUGGCACUGCCGUAUUUCUCCUUCUGUGUGAUGUUUGCGACUGGGUAUCUUUUAGUUGAAACAGGGGAGUUGCCGUUUUAUGAUAUGAUACGAGUUUUCUCGUUUGUGACGGUGUCUGUGUUCACCUUGACACGGAUCGUGGUCCAGAUUCCAGACACCACACUCGCCAGACUGGCGGCCCAGACCAUCUUCGAGUCAAUGGACAGCGCUCCUAGCGUGGCGGACAGUCAGGGGGGAUCUGUGAAACUUGAUGGGGAUUCAUUUAAAAGUGCAAUUCAGUUUACCGGAAUUCGCUUCCGGUAUCCCAUGCGAAAAGAAGUUCAGGUAUUAAAUGGCCUUGACCUAGAAGUUCGUCUUGGACAAACGCUGGCGCUGGUGGGUGGAAGUGGAUGUGGGAAGAGCACAAUAGUGCAACUAAUAGAGAGAUUUUAUGACGCCCAGGAGGGCAGUAUUCUAUUGGAUAAUCACAACAUCCUUGACCUUAACGUUCAAUGGCUGCGUAUGCAAAUCGGUCUGGUGUCACAAGAACCAGUCCUGUUCGACAGAAGUCUGGCUGAGAACAUCGCUUACGGGGACAACACGAGGGAGGUGGGCAUGGAGGAGAUCAUAGAGGCAGCUCGGACAGCUAACAUACACACGUUUAUACAGUCUCUGCCCUCGGGCUACGAAACAAAUGUGGGGAAUAAAGGGACACAACUAAGUGGAGGACAAAAACAAAGGGUAGCAAUCGCGAGAACUUUGCUGAGAAAUCCAAAGAUUCUUCUACUAGACGAGGCCACGUCAGCUUUGGAUACUGAGAGUGAGAAGGUGGUGUUGGAAGCGUUGGACAAGGCCAGGGAAGGUCGCACGUGCAUCACCAUAGCUCACAGGUUGAGUACCAUCAGAAACGCAGAUCGCAUCGCAGUGUUAAAGAAAGGCGUGAUCCAGGAGUUGGGCACACACGAGCAGUUGAUGGCGAGUCGUGGGGUGCUGUAUCGUAUGAUGAAAGCCCAGACCAAGGCUCAGAGAUCAAGUGAUGACAAAGUGUGA